AUGGCUUUCUUCUAUCAAACAGAUUUAGAGGAAGCUGAAGGAUGCAAAGGAACGAGUACUUCCCUUUCCUGUGUGACUUUUCCUCUCCCCAUUCUGUUUCCACAGCAAUCAGGACUUUAUGAGUAUAAAAUCUUCGGUGGUCUUGCUGACUGUCCCCCAAAACUGUGUGCGGAUGUCUAUAUGGAUUUAGAUUUCAGAAAACAAUGGGAUCAGUAUGUUAAAGAACUGUAUGAGAAAACAUAUGGUGGUGAAAAAGUAAUCUACUGGGAAGUGAAGUACCCUUUUCCUCUCUCAAACAGAGAUUAUGUCUAUAUUCGUGAAUGUCGAGAGAUGGAUGUCGAUGGGCGGAAGAUCUGGGUUGUGUUAGCUCAAAGUGUGUCUGUUCCUCAGUGCCCUGAAAAGCCUGGUAUUAUCAGAGUUAAAAGCUAUAAACAAAGUCUGGCGAUUGAAAGUGAUGGCAAGACUGGAUCUAAAGUCUAUAUGUACUAUUUUGAUAAUCCUGGUGGCAUGAUUCCAUCAUGGCUGGUCAAUUGGGCUGCCAAGAGUGGUGUGCCUACUUUCUUGAAGGAUAUGCAAAGAGCUUGCCGUAAUUAUUCUAAGAGCACAUAGGUCAAAGUUGAUCUGAAUUGUUUAAUUCCUAGAGCUCUGCACUUACAGGAGUGGCUAUUAUUUAUUACACUGGAUAAAAUCUACCAAUAUUGGAAAGAAUUUUAUUUUAGUUGGUUUAUGCCUUGAAUUUUAUUAGGUCUUUUUUUCCAUCUCCAACUGAAGAGCUAGCCACUGACAAGCUAACACCAACACCAGCUGCAGCCUUUGGAAAGUACUUAAGUUUAGCCUUGUCCUCCAUUCUUUGCUUAUGCUGAUUGCCAUGUGUCAGCUAGAGGAGUUCUGCUGAUUGAAAUAUUACAUCCUUGGACAAGAGACAACGAUCUUGCUAGGAAAAACGUCUGAACUUGGACUGAAAGUUCUCUGCACGUGUUAUGCCUGGAUCUGCCUUUGUGGCCUUGCAGGGUGGCUUCCUAUUGGAAUUGAAUAAUGGAACUUACAUUGCUUAGGAGGAAACACUUCUGCUACCCAAGUUUGUCAUUCUUAAACUGUCUGCCUGCUAUAAACCUAAAAAAUGCUGACAGUAUAUGGGUAAAUUACUAGAAGCCUGCAGUAGGAACUGGAACUCUGUGUUACUAAGCUUCCUUGUGAUGGCUUUAAGUCCAGAUAUAAAAGGACUUGUGCCUAAAGCCAUACAUUCACAUCUCAAUACUCUUGUAUGAAAAGUAAAAACUAUUAGUUGUGUCCAGCUAGAAAAAAAGGAGGAGUUGGCUUCCAUGUCUGAUUUAAGGGGAACAAGUUCUGUCUUUAGUCAGUAGCCCUAUCUAUAAAGCAGCUUGGAUACCAACUUUAAAUUGGAAGUAAUUUUAAACUGGAUGCCUACAACUGAAUGCGAAUGAACUUGAUGUGAAACUUGAGCUUGCUUGCAUUUUUAAAUUUCAUGCUGAUGUAAAGAAUGAAACUGUAAUUUUGGAUGGUAAUCCACUAAAAGCACAACUGAGCAGGAAAUUAAAUUUCCAGCACCUUUGUGAGGGGCGGGGCAGGGUGGAGGAUGGAGUGCAUAAAAGGUGAGAGGUCCUCAAUCUCAGGGAUUUAAAAUAUUCUGAAUCAUUGCUAAAUCUAAUCCUGUUACUGAACAAAUCUUGUAAUGGGGUAGCUUUGUCUUCUUAAAAAAAGAAAUGGGUGAAGUGAUUGCCUUUAUACUUUGUGUAAAUAUUUGUUUCCAAUAAAUCAUUAUUCUGUCCAUGCA